AUGCAUUCAGCAUUAAACCAGUGCACAAAGACAUCAAUGCUGCACACAAGAUGUAAAGCAUCAUUGCGAAAAAUUGUACGAAACCAAUCAAAAAUGGUCCAAAGACCAUUCAGUGAAUCCAACACCGGACAAGAUUUGAAGAAUUUAAAGCACGUGGUCGUUUACCCAGGGUAUGCUCAAAUAAAAUCAAUUGUUCACAAAAUGCAACGUCCCAAAAUGUCCACAAUCUUUGCAUCCGCAGAUAUGGGCAGAAGUAAAACAAUGUUUUCCAGGACGAAUAUAGCUAGAAACGAAAUUUUGCACCCUUACGACAUACGACCAGCAAGGUACGCCAUUACUGAUGCUUUAGAGCGAAGCGGACACGAUGUCAAUACAAAUAAUUUGGAAGAAAUAGCACCAAACUCUCACAAAAUACCGUCGUCAAAUUUUUUUCCAACGAUAGAGGAAAAGAUUUCCCAUAGUAUGGAACAAGAGUUAAUGAUAAAAGAUAGUUCUGAUGUAAUAUUUGAUAAACCAGUAAUUAAUGAGAGUAGUCUUCUUGUUCAAAGUAUCGUUUCUAGUACAGAAAAUAUACACUCAGGAGAGGAAACAAGUGUUAAUGAAAAUUUAACAAGUUCCCUUUACGAUACAGAUUUUAAAACAGGCCUAUUUUACGAAAAAGGUUCAACAAAAGUGAGUAGCAAUAAUAAUCAGUCUUUAAUUAAACCACUUGCUUGCGCGGAAUUUAAUGAAGCCAAAGCGGAUAUCGAUGCUCAAGAAAAAUUUACGGAGUUUGACAUUGAGCCACCAUGGAUUGCCAACAAACGUUUCUGGAACUAUGUCUACGAUAAUCGUUAUGAGACUCUUAUGAGAAACGCCAAGUGGCCUCCACUAAAAGUGAUAUUAAUACCACGGUCACAUGUUAACUCAAUUUGGAAGCAAUCGUUUGAAAACCUCCACAAGAAUUCCGCGCGCAAAAUUAUAUCGAAUAUGGUUAAAAAACUGCAGUUUUACACAAAUUUAACAUUCUCUUGGAACGAGGUGUCUCAUUUGAGUCAGUGGUGGCAAAGAGCUAGCCAAAAAAGCCGAACGGCACUCCGCAAGCUGCUUGAAGAGGGAAGACUAGAGAUAACAACCGGUUUAUGGGUGGAAACAGAUGAGGCAACUUCACAUUUAUUCGGGAUUGUGCAUCAACUGAUUGAGGGUCACCAAUGGCUACUGUAUAAUUUAAACUAUUCACCGGAGGUAGCCUGGCUGACUAACAGUGUGGCACAUAGUCCUACUCUGCCAUACCUUUUGUCUGCAUCGGGAAUAUCGAAUCUAGUUGUUACAAAUUUGCAUUUCUCCUGGCAACAAUACCUCACCGAGUACCAGUAUACCGAUUUCAUUUGGAUUCAAAGUUGGGAUACCGAUAAAACCGCUCAUACAAACCUCAACGGAUUCUUAAACAGGAUUGGCAACGAUCGGUUACCAAAGCACUCUGUUAUCACCCACUUUUUACCAUUCAAUUCUGACGACUACAGCGCAUGCGGCCCUCAAGGUGAAACAUGUGAAACGGAUUUCAAUUUUGUUGAUCAUACCAACAAUCAAGAUAUCAAUACAUUUAAUGUUAAAGAAAAAUCUGAGAGAUUGUUAGAACAAUAUUCUAAAACAGGCACAACGUCUCCUCAGAAUGUCGUUAUAUCGCCAAUGGGACGUGAAUGUAGCUACGAAUCCCAGACUGAAUUUGACUUCCAGUACAACAACUAUCAGAAAAUUGCAGAUUACGUAAACAUUAAUCAUGAAAUUUACAAGGCUACGAUUGAAUUUGGAACGAGUAAGGAUUAUUUUGAAAGUAUACUAUCAAAGCAAAACAGUUUCCCUACUUUAAAAGGUGACUUUCUUAAUUUUGCUGAUAUCAGUGAUGGUAGUCCCGCAUAUUGGACUGGUUACUUUACUACGCGACCGCAGUUUAAAACUGUUUUGAGGCGUCUUCACUCAACUUUACGUAGUGCCGAAAUUCUGUUUGCAUUCGCUCUCAAUCUUAAUGCUUUUCAAUCGUACAGAGUUUCAACAUUAUAUGAACCUUUACUUAAUGCUCGGGAGGCAGUCGCUCGUCUUCAAGACCGCAAUGUUGUAGGUGGCACAUUAACAGCCAAAGCACUGAGUUAUGCGCAACAGCAAAUAAUAAACACUGCUAGAGACUGUUGGUACAUUCAAGAGACUGCCGUAAGUUUACUUAGUUCCCAUCCAACUCAAAACGAGACGUAUCUCGAGAAGUACAUUUAUAAGGAAGGAGAGUUUAUAACUUCCUAUAAAUCAGUAACACCGGGGGACCAAGUAUAUGUGUUCAACUCACUAAAUCAUGAGAGAGUCGAAGUUGUGGAACUCGUCACUAGACACCCGAAUGUAAGAAUCGUAGAUCAUAAGGGAAAAGUGGUGCAAAUCCAAAUAAACCCAGUGUGGAAGUUUGGUUUUGAAAAGGUAAUUAGGAUUUCAAGUCAAUUUUUUAAGGUCUCUUUCGUAGCCAGCGUCCCGCCGUUGGCGUUUUUAUUGUUCAAAAUUGAAGGAAUUCGCCAUGCCAUGGAUAAUGCUGCUACAAUUUAUUGCACGUCGUGUAUCAUCGACAAAGUUGAUGAUGAUUCUGACUUUUUGUUCAACGUGCGCUCAUUAGAGACAGGCGAUAUACAACUGGAAAAUUAUAAGCAUCGACUUACUAUUGAUGAAUACACAGGACUUUUAAAAAGCGUUACUCAAAAAUCCACGUUAGAAAAACUUAUAGUUAUAGAUUUUGGCGCAUUUAAAAGUGCUAAUGAUCAUUCUGGUAUGUUUUUGUUUAACACUAAUAUUUCACAACCUAUAGAAGACAUAUUAUCGCCAUUCCUGCAAAAUUCGAAAUCAAAGAUCAUCAUAAUAGUAUCGGGACAGAUUACUACUGAACUGACUGUUCUUUACGGAAGUUUUUUACAUCAUACUAUUAAAAUAUUUAACCUUAGGAACAGUCCUCUCUCUGAUGUCAUAGCAUUGAGCACAAGAGUGGACUUCAAUGCAGAGGCUAAACAUAGGGAAAUGGAUGUGUUUAUGUCCAUUCAAACGGAUAUCAGUAACGGCCAGCCUCCAGAAAUAUACAUUGACAAUAACGGUUUUCAACAAACAGCACGUGCUAUCAACGUGAGUAGGCGAGUUGAAUCAAAUGUAUAUCCUUUUACGAGCAUUGCAUACAUACAGGAUCACAAAACUAGGUUAACUCUCGUCACUGAUCACGCUCAAGGUGUUACAGUUUUACAAGAGGGUCAGAUAGUACUGAUGCUGGACCGGAGCGUGCAUUCCGAUGAUAAUCGAGGGUCAAACGAGGCAAUUGCUGAAAACAGCGCUACCAUCCACACCCACUACCUGUUAUUGGAUAACUUAAUUGAGCCGAUAAAUAACUACGACGAAAGCAUAUUUAGAAGUAAUUUUAAACUGCCCAGUCAUACAGCAUUGUAUUUGGCAAACACUGUGAAUUACAAUUUGGAUAUUUACUUCAUUGAUGCAAAUAGAACUCAUCUAUGUCAUUAUGCGUUUAUGCCUUUAAUUAAAACAUCAUUUCCCUGUGACGUGACGUUGAUAAAUUAUAGGGCAGUUUUGAAUAGAGGGAUCCCAGAGAGAUAUAUACCUAAUUCUGCUUUAAUGACGCUGCACAGACAAAUGUUCUGCUGUUUAGUAGAGAGUGAAAAUAAGCCUCAAUGCAGCGGAGAUAGUUCUCUGAAAUUGGACAAUAUCUUCCGUAAAGUCAGAGCAGUGUACCAGACCAACUUGGUGGGUACGACCGAAGGCGUAUCUGUAAACGUAUUGAAUAAAAAUAAUUUUCCCCCCAUGGAAUUGACAACAUUGCGUUUUUAUUUUUAA